GCCGCUAAAGCUUCCGGUCCCCACAUGCGUGCUUCUUCUGGCUCUUCUCGCUUCAUCUUGCGCACCGCCCGAUAAUUGAUAAAUUGUGAAACUUGAUUAUAUGAGUAUAAAGAGGAAGAUUUGCAAUAUUUAUAUACAGGAAUAAUGGCAGCGACAAUAACGGGUCUUAUGAGGCUCAACGUAAGACUGGCCGGAAAUACUUUACUGAAAAGCAACUUCCUAAACUCUUGUAGAUUCUUAUAUUCUGACAACAGUUUGGGUCUACAAGGUUAUGAAAAUGCACGAUUAAACUUCCGGAAUCAGUUUUUAAAUGUAGAGAAUACAUUCCGUACUAAAAUGCAAGAAAUAUGCUCCUCAGAUUCAAGUAUGAUCUUCACAGAAGAUCUGAAAUCUAUGUUGCAUUUAGCCCAGAAAAAACCCGAAGAUAUUGAGCUGCUUGUCAAGAUGAUAGCAAAGUUUAACAGUCAAAACAAAGAACUGAGAUUUGGUACUUUUGUCUUUGGUCCUGUAGUAAUGCGUACCUUAUACUAUCUUGAUGAACCAGAUCUUGCAUUCACUGCUUUCAAAGAUCCCCAAUUUAAUAGUUUCUUUGAUCAAAUGAUUAGUUACCAAAUUCUCAUGUGUCUACUAUAUAAACAUGGAAAGUAUGCAGAAAUGAGAGAGACGUUUGAUAUAAUUAAAACUAAGAAGUUAGAUGGAGGAUAUCCAAGGAAUUCUUUAAUUUUAGUUAUGGCUGCUUGUUAUAAAGAGAAUACACCAGAAACAUUGCAAUAUGCCCUAGAUCUCUGGAGGGAGAUAAACGACAAAGGAUUUACAUUUAUGCGUAGAGCCAGCACAUUUUUAACAGCUCUAGCCAUAAAGCAAAAUUCACCUCACAUAGCUAUAGAAAUUGUAACUUCGAUGAGAGAAUCUCGAUAUAUUGAUGUAAGAUGUUUAAAAGUCUUGGCAUAUACAGACUUGAAGAGAUUCACUGAGAUAGUGCCCAUCUUCAGAACAUCGCUAGAGUUUGAUAGGCCAAAUACUCAAAAAGAAUCAUAUUUCAAAGAUGUGAUUGAAAAAUUAGAGAAUACUAUGGCAAAGGAGAAUAUUCCUGAGGACUUUGAGCUUUACAAGUUGAUUGAUUUGUUAAAAAAGAAUGAUCAUAUCUUACCUGAUACGUUGGAAGAGCAUAUUUGCCAUGAAAUUACUGUCGAUCCAGUAAAACGUAUUCAACGGCGGAACGCAUUUCCAUUUAAUCCACAGAGACAGCGAUCGUUCUCGCGUAAUAGACCAGGUUUGCGAGAUCUUUUGUAAGCGUGUUUCAAAAUUGUAGAACGUGUUUCAUAUAACCCAAUAAUUAUUAGUUUUGGGUAAAUUUAAGCUUAAACUGAUAAUGAAUGAAUAAAUAAAUCUAUAUUGACCGACAAUGGAUUAAAUCGCAAUUGUUUUUUUAUUUAGUAAAUACAAUUUACUUAAUGUUAA